UCGAGGAUACGAGAAAACUACAUUUCCCACAACACACUGUGCGCUGUGCCAAUGGUGGUGGCACAGGUGACCGCAGACGCUCCGAGUUGUGACAACAUCUCGACGGUCAAAACGAAAACACAUUUGACUCCGAAGUGGCAGUGCCUGGCAGGUUUGGUAAUAUCAGAGCGCACGAGAGAAGUGGGCACGCACUUUUCCUGAACCUGACUACUUCGUUCUGUCUGACCUUCAGAUCGGAUUGCCGUCCAUUUUCUCCAGCAUCCAGGCAUGUAGUCAGCAGCAUAAGCAGAGCAUAUUCCACCUUCUGAACUCUUUUUCUUCUUAACAGCUUCCUCUACCUCUCGGGCUGGACUGCGGUGCAUUGACGUCGGCUCGCCCUCCCCUGCCCCCUCGCCCCCCAGCAAUGGCCUCACGCAUUGGCCUGCGGAUGCAGCUGAUGCGAGACCAGCUGCAGCAAGAGGAGCAGCGUGAGAGGCAGCAGCUACAGCAGCAGCAGCAGAAUGCAGCCCUGCAAUACAUGCAGCAGCGUAUGGCUGGGCCACCUGCACCCACCCCAGCCAUUAGCACCCCACAGCAUUACCAAAGCAUGCAGGUCCCUGUGGAGGUCCUUAAGGUGCAGACCCACCUCGAGAAUCCUACAGAUUACCACAUCCGUCAGUCUCUGAAGCAACAGGUGAAAGAAUACCUGUCCACCACAUAUGCCACUAAACAGACUGUCCACGCCGUAGCAGGGCCCUCUCCUCCCCCCAACAUGGGACCUACAGGGGGUUCAGCGUCUGCCCCCCAACACCUCCACUCCCCACAUAUGCGCACAGAGCAGCUCAUGUCUGGAAACAGUGCCCCCAACAGCCCCAUGGCCAUGCUCAACAUCGGCUCCAGCCACGAGAAAGAGAUGGAUGAGGUCAUUGAUGACAUCAUCAGCAUGCAGUCCAAUUACGAUGAUAUUCAGGCAUACAUUGACCCUGUCCAGAUGCCAAACACACUCCCCCUGUCUAGCAGUCACCUGGAUGUGUAUACAGGUCCUGGGAUGAAGGGGCCAGCCAUUGCUAUGACCAGUAACUCCUGUCCGGCCAACCUGACCAUCAAACGAGAACUGUCAGAUGCAGAAGCCCGUGCGCUGGCCAAGGAGAGACAGAAGAAAGACAACCACAAUCUGAUUGAAAGGAGGAGGAGAUUCAACAUCAAUGAUCGUAUCAAAGAACUGGGCACCAUGAUCCCCAAAACCAAUGACCUUGUGCAUAGUGAUGUGCGCUGGAACAAAGGCACUAUACUGCGGGCGUCUGUGGAGUACAUCAAACGCAUGCAGAAGGAUGUUCAGAGGACCAGAGAGGUGGAGAACAACUUCAAAAGGAUGGAGAUGGCCAACAAACAGCUGUUGCUACGUAUCCAGGAGUUGGAGAUGCAGGCUCGUCUGCAUGGACUGCCCAGCAACUCUCCCUCUGGCCUGAACCCGAAUGACCCGAUGGCUUCUUACAUAAAACAAGAGACCAGCCCAGAGGAGAACCUCUCUCACCCCCAGGCACAAGCCCACCACCAGCACCAGCACUUACCCCAGAACCAGGCUCAGCCCCAGGCCCAGCAGCACCACUUCCUCCAGCAGACCCACCUCCACCAUCAGGGCCAGGCUCCGCCUCAGCCCAGGCAGCUGCCACCGCUCCCCCAGCACCUGCAGCCUCAGCCACCCAUCCAGUACCCCUCUGUAGGCAGCUCCCAGCCCUUUGACUUUGCCCAAUCGCUGGACUUGUGUGAUGGGAUACCCGGCUUCUCAGACGGCAUGUCGGGGCUAGGCGACCUGGGCGGAAUGGACGUCCAGGGGAGGAGAGGCGAGCUGGCCUUCCUGAUGAUGGACGAGCCCUUGUCCCCUAUGGGCAGAGACCCGCUGCUCUCUGCGAUGUCCCCUGAAGCCUCGGUCGACUCUAGCCGUAGAUCCAGCUUCAGCAUAGAGGAUGGAGACAUACUGUAGACACAUGCGUACACACACACACACACACACACACACACACACGCUCACACUCACACAUGCACAUGCAGUGGUUUUGGAGAGGUUGCAUUAAAAAUGUAAAACAGCACGACACAACACAUUUACAAGCACAUACAACAGAAAGGAAUCAGCCACCAGACAUUGUUCACCCAGCACACACACGUGCUAUACACAUCACACAAUUUGACACCGAUGACACUCAUUUGUGGUACAAUUAUCUCCCCUUAAAGGCAGGAGCAAAAGAAGGUACACAUCACUCACACCGUUGAAAAUAUUCUGUAUAGCGCAAACAUUUGUGUCCACACACAGAAGUGCAUGUGAAAUAAACUGAGCAGCUUGAAACUUUGCCCAGCAGACUUGAGCAUUUACAAGGAGGUGAACCAACACUGCCAGGUCAGGAGUUAUAUUGCACACGUGGCCUUGAUUCCGUAAAAGGUGGCUCUGAAUCAUAAUUGGAACAGGGGACAAAACCAGCAGUUAAUUAGAUUGAAGUUAUCAGAUACAAGGACAACCGAGUGCAUUGUCUCACUCGAUAGAGGACACGUUAUUUUUCUCCUUACAUCAACCUCUUCUAGCAGCCAUAAAUGAUUAAAUGAACGAUAGCAAAUAAAAUGGAAAUAGCUUUAUGGUCCUGCAUGCAUAAUUUAUCUUAAGGGGAUGCAGUCCAGUCACAUCACUCUGUUCCUCAGUCUGUUAUUCCACCCUUUGCUUUUGCUUCUAGCACUAGCUGUUUUGUGUUUGAGAAAGAUCUGUGUUUUCAUGUUUGUUCAUAAAGUGUCCACAUUUUAGGACACGUCACUCACUGGAUGGACAAUUUACUUUAGGAGGCAGAAGCCCUUUUAAUUUAUUGCACCUUCCCCACUUCUGGCUGUAACUUUUGUCUUUUCACAAACACCUACACAUGCCCACACACUGUCUCCCAGCUCCCACAUCUUUAACACUUGACACUGUCAUGACCCCCCACCCCCACGAAGAAGACACUGUAAAGUGUGUUGACUCCGGUGAGAGAGUAGAGAAAAACAUAAUCUUCAAACAGCGUGUCAUCCAAAUCUGUGAGGUGUCAAAAAUACUCAGGUACUGUAACAGAAUACACGUGCAGGAUCAUUUUUAAGUUGAAGCAGAUGUAAACCUGAACUGAGUCAGUCUCUUAACCCAUAUCAAUGUGCCUUUUGAUUUUUGCAGCUGCUGCCCUUCAAAGGCAUGUUUUUAUAGGUCAGAGGACCUCAUGACCAGGGUUUAGGUGUAAUAUCAACUUCAGUUAUGCCUGUAAAUGCUUUAGAGUUUGCUUCUGCACCAACUCUGCCUUUGUUGUUGCAGUCGAUAAAUGUUUCAUUUUUCUCUCACUAACUGACUUUGUAGGGCCAGGUGAAGGAAAGGUUCAGUGACAGGGUUUAAUACUGGAGAGAGAAAGAGAUAUUUUGUCUCAGCUGACAGCAGAGGUAGUGUAAUCUUCACUGUAAAAGCACAGCAUUGGGAUACACUUGCAUGCAUUUCAAGCACUCACUCGGCACACAAACAGGCAUGCAUUAAACGCACAGGUGCAGAAUAGUGCUCACAUACAUACAGUGCAGCCCUUGAGGCUGUUUUCAAAUCAGCACGUUAAUAAGUCUCCUGUGCUUCAGUCUCUCUCUGAAGCUGCCAGAUGCAGAGGUAGAACUCAGGUCUGCUGUUGAAACUGCCACCUGCUGUAAAGGGAAGCUGUUAUCCCACUGGCUGCAGUUAUCACAGUGAUGGUUGGGGCCGGCUGCGGUGGGCCUGAGGUUUAUCUCUGCUGUGGUGGACAUGGGGCUUGGCUUUGAUUUGACAUAGCUUAUAAUCAGUACCGAUAAAGGUAGAAAAAAAUAAAACGUUGGUGAUUUUCUUUACUAUAUAGUGUGUUGUUUAUUUCAUCUCCCAAAGCACUGGAAACUAUAUUAUUGUUUUUAAUUUGUACAUGGAAGAAUUAUGGAAUAAGAUUUAUUUCAGAUGUUAUAUGCCACUAAGCCGCUUAAAUGUAUUUUAUUUGUAUUUGUUGUUUUAGUUCUGUUUCAAUUUUAUUCCAAAACUACCCUUUCUUCUCAGAGCCAUUUUCAGUAAGCACACUAUUAAGGCAUUUACGCUGCCAAUGUUUUAUUGGGGAAGGAGUGGGGAGCCAUUUAUGUACUUCCAGAUUUCAACUGACUUUGGAGAGAUGAAGAGAUUCUGUACAUUUUUGAUGCAAUUUUUAUAUGAUUGGGAUUUUAUUUUUCGCUUUGUUUUAACUUUGAAAUUUGGAGCCAGACAUAGAUGAAAGGUGAUUAUUUGAUUUGAUUUAAUUCAAAUUGCUCAUUUUAUGAAUGUAAGCUUUACCAGUGGUUCUAGUCAGACUGAAGCAGGUUGACGUUUUCGCCAUUCCUCCUCCCUCCCUGACUUUGCUUUCCAUGGAGACUGGAGGACGACUGACUUCACAUAAACCCUGAGCCGAGGAGUUGUGGUUGCCGUGGCGUAGUAGCAUUGACUCUGCAUUUCUCUGUCUGCCGGUGUUGUCUUUUCAGCCACAGUUUUGACUGUGGUACUGUCACCCAGCCAACACUCCAAAGAGCUGCUCGCGCCUCCUCUACUCUUCCACUAGAGGGUGCUCUGCAGAGCAAACUAUACAGGGAAAAGUGGUUCUGAUUUUACUGAGAAUAUAAAAUGUUUUACCAGAAUCCA